GGAAUCAGAUCAGUAUGAGCUUUGAAUACAAAAAAAUAAAACUCACGCGGGCGGCUUUGCAGCUGAUUUUGCCGAUGGUGGCCCUUUUAGCGAUGCUCCUUCUUCCGGUGGUGGUUUCAUCUCUGUACCUGGAGCCUUCUUCUUCUUCUUGCAGCAUUGCGCGGCGAGCAUGGUUGCAACGAAGAACAUCACCAGAUAUUGACAGCCGAACACGAGCAUGCGGAUUGCCUCUGGAGAUAACGAAGAUAUGUCCAUCGUGCAGCAAUCGAAGAUACGAGUUUUGUGACGAAGUAGUUAUGUGUUGUUGGUAGAAGUAUUACAGAAAGCUGAGCUUUUAUACUACCGUAUUGUGAGGGGGCUUUUAUAUCAUGCCCCUUUGAGUGACCUUGACGAGAGUUGAGGGACGAGGGUUAGGGUGAGAGUAAUUAGAGAAGUGAGGGUUAUUGGUCGUUAAAGAGAGAGUUAUGGGUCGUACCGUACUGAAUUCGAAUGGUAGGAAAAAGAGCUGUAUUUCAUCC